CCUACCCUUAAAGGUGCUGCAAGUGCUCAUUAUAUUAGCACCAGACUCUCCCAUUUUGCAAGGCUAAUUUAUCAUCCAGAUGAUGAUGAUUCAUUAGAUUAUUCAAAUGAAGGUGGACAAAAGAUCGAACCAAAAUGGUAUGUUCCUAUCAUACCAAUGGUCCUAGUAAAUGGUGCAAAAGGUAUAGGAGUAGGUUGGAGUACUGACAUUCCAAGUUUUAACCCCAAAGAUAUUAUACAAAAUCUGAAAAGAAUAAUUAAAGGUGAAAUGAUGAUUCCAAUGCAGCCUUGGUAUAAUGGUUUUAAUGGGGAGAUAAAACCAAUUUCUAAUACUAUCAACAAAUGCAAAUCAUUUGGUAUAAUCACUAGAACAUUGUUAAGAUUUGUCUUGGUGGGAUUGAAGUUUGUGAUCAGGUAA